ACUUGUUUUCAUUUAAGACAUUCGGACUUCUAAACCACCUGUUGUCAAAUGUAUCUGUCAAAGUCAGCAGGCCAACUAUCUGCUGAGUGUGUGGAGAAGAAAUGUCUUAUGAAGACAGUAUCGUACAUUUACUCACAUAUUUAAGAACCGAUUUUAGGAGUCCGAGGUCUGGUACCUACAGAACCUCAGAACCUGAACAUGGUCCUCAGAAAAAAAGUGCUCUCAUCACCGAGCUUAAGAAGAUACUUAAACCCAUCUGGCAUCUCAUUUUGAUCGGAAUUCUGAGCGGGAUCCUCGGCAUGAUGGUAUUAAUUGUCAUCGUCGAGUGGAACACCAAGCAAAAUGUGUUGACAAGUCUAGAGCAGGUCAAAGAGGAGAUGAAGAACAAAACCGAGAAGCUGCUGGAGGAGAAAAGCAGGAUUUCAGAGCAGCUGAACGUAACCAACACAAACUACUCCAUUCUGAUGGCGGAGUAUGAACGGCUGGUGCUGGAAAAUCCGUGCAAUUAUAGCCAGCUGGAGGAGAAAAUCAUCAAUCUCAAAGGGGUCGUGAGCAAAGCUUUAAAAGCUUCAGAACAGGUUGAGGGGAAAGUCAAGCAGCUGACGGCCCAACUAAAUUCUACCCAGAAAAAUGACCAGCAAACGGAGAAGGAGAUCAAGAAACAGCGUUCGAUCCUAUCCAUCAAGCAACUCGACUACAUCUGGGAACGUUGUAACCGGACCACGCUGAAGUGCAUCCGCUGCCUCCCGGGGUGGACGGAGCAUGCUUCCCGGUGCUUCCUCAUGUCCAACGUGGACCAGAAAUGGUCUGAUGCUCGCGUCGAGUGCCUCAACUACAAGGGCGACCUCGCUGUUGUCCGGAACGCCGCAGACCAGGCGUUCCUGACGAACAUGACAUUCCAGUUUGUAAAGGCAAAUCCCAACAUGACCUUCUACUCGGCAUGGAUCGGGCUGCAGGACAUGGUUGCGGAAGGACAAUACCUCUGGGUCAAUGGAGAUAGAAUCAAAUGGAAUGUCAAAUACUGGAGACCUGGCGAGCCCAACAACGCUAUAGCUUCCUGGGACCAUAACCCAUCCGGUGAGGACUGCGUGUCCAUUGUACCACCAGCUGAGGUGGGAACUAAGGACUGGCUGAACAGCUGGGAUGACAUUAGUUGUGCUGGGAACCGUCACUACAUCUGUGAGACUGAUGGCCUGAUUUUGACCUAGGAUGGAAGGAGUCCUGUUUUAAUCUGGCCACAAGACACAUGUGGGAGGAAAUAGUCGGAUGAGAGAGACUGAAAUGUAACUUUCAUGUUAAAAACCACAAAACACUGAACUCUGAGUGAAAGAUCAGAGUUCAUCCCAUCCCACCCCAUGUUGUGGUGAUGGGAUGGGGUAAUGAGAUGGUAGAUGGAGAUACGAAAAUCUGAAACUACAGAAGAAGCAAAAGAAUAAAAAAUAAUUUUAAUGAUUGUUAAUUGGGUUAUACAUUGGGACCUGUAUGGUUCACACAGUAUGCAGAUGACUGUUCGAUUUAUUACUCAACAUUUUUUUUUACUCCCCUUAAUUAAAAAUGCAGAAAUGGU